AACCGGGAGGUCGUAAACAGUUCAUGUACACCCUGAAAACAUGGGCAACAAACAGACCAUCUUCACAGCUCAACAGCUUGAUGCCUAUCAGGAUUGUACCUUUUUCACACGGAAAGAAAUCCUGAGGUUGUUCCACCGCUACCGAGACCUGGCUCCACAUCUAGUACCACUUGAUUACAAGGAUAACCCUGAUGUAACCAUCCCCUAUGAGCUGAUUGGCAGCAUGCCAGAACUGAAGGAUAAUCCAUUCCGCCAGAGGAUUGCAGAGGUGUUCUCCGAGGACAAUGAGGGAAAUAUGACUUUGGAUGACUUUCUGGAUAUGUUCUCUGUACUAAGUGAAAUGGCCCCACGUGAUCUAAAGGCAUGCUAUGCAUUUAAGAUUUAUGAUUUUAACAACGAUAAUUUUAUCUGCAAAUCGGAUUUGGAGAAGACGUUGCUCAAACUAACUCGAAAUGAGCUGACACCAGAGGAAGUGAAUCUGGUCUGUGAGAAGGUUCUAGAUGAAUCAGAUCUGGACAAUGAUGGCAAACUCUCGCUGGAAGAUUUUCAGCACAUGAUCAUCCGGGCACCUGAUUUCCUCAGCACUUUCCACAUUCGAAUCUGAGGCGCUCGGACCAGAAUAAGCAGUGUCACCUGCAAACUGCAAAGUUGUUUCAAUGUCCCUCUUAAACCCAUUGAGAGUGAUAUGGUCAGACAUGGGGAGCCACCAGGAACAGUUCAACAUCUCCUACCUUAGCAAGACUGGCCAAGAGGUCGAUCAGCAUAUUUACACUGUGCUCAUGCUAGCUCUUUGAUUCGGGCUGAGUAUUUCAAUUCACUUUCCCCAUCCAAUCCUGUGCACUUUUCUGUUCUUCCUUUCCAGAUCCUUACCUGAUUCCUUUGGAAAUGUUGUCUAGUCUCUGCCUCAAUAGCUCUUGUGGUAGAGGAUUCCCUAUCCUAAUAUUCCUUCUGCAUGGAUUGGCCCCAUUGAUAUCCCUCUUCAGUCUUCCAGGGAGAGUUCACAGGCUGUGAAAUCCGAGGGGGCAACUCUUUACGAGCUGAAUAUUGCUGAUGAUGAGACCAUCUCAGCUUUGGUUUGGAAUGGUGAGCUAAAGGUGAGAAUUGAACUUUGAGCAGCAGCUUAUUUUGGAAAGAUGAAAAGGGCAAACCGAUGUUUGUUUGUGGGACCUGGCCUGGAAAGAUAAUUGCACAUUAGUUAUUGCCCUAUGAACUUGACAGACAGUUUGGCACCAGAAUGUGUUUGACGUUGAAUUGGCAAAUCAAAGGCAGAUUGCUGCUGGCCAGCCAAUCACAGAGAAUGGUGGUAAAAGAAAGGAGAGAAAAGAAGGGUGAGCUAGUUGUGAUUGGGGUUUUGAAGCUGUGAGUGUGUUGCCAUAUUUUGCUCUGUCUCCCUCUUCUGGAUUUCGCUGCAGUUCAUAGAAUCAUAGAAUCCCUACAGUGUGGAAACAGGCCAUUUGGCCCAACAAAUCUACACUGACCCUCCGAAGAGUAUUACACCCCUACCCUAUUACUCUACAUUUAUCCCUGACUAAUGCACCCAAGCUACUCAUCCCUGAGCAAACUCUGGACAACUUAACGUGGCCAAUAGACCUAACCUUUGGAGUGUGGGAGGAAACUGGAGCACUCGGAGGAAACCCACAUAGACAGUUGCCCGAGGCUGGAUUC